CCCGCCCACAUACAUACAUACAUACAGAUGCACACACGCAUGCGUGCACAUACACUCAAGCACCCACACAUACACUCAAGCACACAUGCAUACAUAGACACGUGCACACAUGCAUAUACACUCAAGCACACACCCACGUGUGUGUGUGUGUACAUACAUGCCCACCCGCAUAUAUGUGCACGCAUGUAUGUUUACAAGAGACGCAUACAAUCUCCUACUUUAGGAGUCCAAAGGUCUUCCCUUGCUUUUAUAGCAAGCUUUUAAUGGUGGCUGAUCAGGCUAGUCAAAGCCCCAAACUAGUAACCCCUUUCCCUUCCUCCCCUCAUCCCCCACUUCUUCAGUGAGUGUUUCCCCUGUAGACUUCUGGGGGGGGAACCCCACCUUGAUUGAUGCAAAUCACUGCAGGAAAGCACCCCUCCUAAUGUCAGGUGAUUCUAGGAUCGGGACAGUUCGAGUUGGAGAUCUUAUCCAUGCAAAACGUGAACGGUGAACUGCAGAAUGGGAAUUGCUGCGAUGGCACCCGAAACCCAGGGGAUAGAAAGUGCACCAGAGACGAGUGCGAUACUUAUUUUAAAGUUUGCUUGAAGGAGUAUCAGUCCCGGGUCACUGCUGGGGGGCCUUGCAGCUUCGGAUCCGGAUCUACUUCUGUCAUCGGAGGGAAUACCUUUAAUUUAAAAUACAACCGGAAUAGCGAAAAGAACCGGAUUGUUCUGCCUUUCAGUUUCGCCUGGCCGAGAUCCUAUACAUUACUUGUGGAGGCAUGGGACUACAGCAAUGACUCUGCUAAUCCUGAUAGCAUUAUUGAAAAGGCAUCCCAUUCUGGCAUGAUCAAUCCAAGUCGUCAGUGGCAGGCUUUGAAACAGAACGCAGGUGUCGCCCAUUUUGAGUACCAGAUCCGUGUGAUUUGUGAUGAGCACUACUACGGCUUUGGCUGCAACAAGUUUUGUCGCCCCAGGGAUGACUUCUUCGGACACCAUACGUGCGAUCAGAAUGGCAACAAAACUUGCUUGGAAGGCUGGAUGGGACCGGAAUGCAACAAAGCUAUUUGCCGUCAGGGUUGUAGCCCAAAACACGGUUCUUGCAAAAUACCAGGAGAGUGCAGGUGUCAGUAUGGAUGGCAAGGCCAGUACUGCGAUAAGUGCAUUCCACACCCAGGAUGUGUCCAUGGCACCUGCAAUGAACCAUGGCAAUGCCUCUGUGAAACCAACUGGGGUGGUCAGCUCUGUGACAAAGAUCUUAACUACUGUGGAACUCGCCUGCCUUGUUUGAAUGGUGGUACCUGCAGCAACACGGGGCCUGACAAAUAUCAGUGUUCCUGCCCUGAGGGUUACUCGGGACAGAACUGCGAAAUUGCGGAACAUGCCUGCCUUUCUGAUCCUUGUCACAAUGGAGGAAGCUGCCUUGAAACCUCAACUGGAUUUGAAUGUAUGUGUUCACCAGGCUGGGCUGGACCAACUUGCACUGAUAACAUUGAUGAUUGUUCUCCAAAUCCCUGUGGCCAUGGAGGAACCUGCCAAGAUCUAGUUGGUGAAUUUAAGUGCAUCUGCCCACCUCAGUGGACUGGUAAAACUUGCCAGCUUGAUGCGAAUGAAUGUGAGGGCAAACCUUGUGUCAAUGCCAACUCCUGCAGGAAUCUGAUUGGUAGCUACUAUUGCGACUGCAUUGAUGGCUGGUCUGGCCAGAAUUGUGAUAUAAAUAUUAAUGAUUGUCUUGGACAGUGCCAGAAUGGAGGAUCCUGUCGAGAUUUGGUUAAUGGCUACCGAUGUCUCUGUUCACCUGGUUAUGCAGGAGAUCACUGUGAGAGAGACAUUAAUGAAUGUGCAAGCAACCCUUGCUUGAAUGGUGGCCACUGUCAGGAUGAGAUCAAUGGAUUUCAGUGUCUGUGUCCUGCUGGUUUCUCGGGAAACCUCUGUCAGUUGGACAUAGAUUAUUGUGAGCCUAACCCUUGCCAGAAUGGCGCCCAGUGCUUCAAUCUUGCCACAGACUACUACUGUAACUGCCCCGAAGAUUAUGAGGGAAAGAAUUGCUCCCACCUGAAAGACCACUGCCGCACUACUCCUUGUGAAGUCAUUGACAGUUGUACAGUGGCAGUGGCUUCUAACAACACACCAGAAGGGGUUCGCUAUAUUUCUUCAAAUGUCUGCGGUCCCCAUGGGAAGUGCAAGAGCCAAGCAGGGGGAAAAUUCACUUGCGAGUGCAAUAAAGGCUUUACUGGCACCUACUGCCAUGAAAAUAUUAAUGACUGCGAAAGCAACCCCUGUAAAAAUGGUGGCACCUGCAUUGAUGGUAUCAACUCCUACAAAUGCAUCUGUAGCGAUGGAUGGGAAGGAAAUUACUGUGAAACAAAUAUUAAUGACUGCAGUAAAAACCCUUGCCACAAUGGAGGGACUUGCCGGGACUUGGUUAAUGACUUUUUCUGUGAAUGUAAAAAUGGGUGGAAAGGAAAGACUUGCCACUCGCGUGAUAGCCAGUGUGAUGAGGCUACAUGCAAUAAUGGAGGAACAUGUUAUGAUGAGGGAGACACUUUCAAGUGCAUGUGUCCUGCAGGAUGGGAAGGAGCCACUUGUAAUAUAGCAAGAAACAGCAGUUGCCUGCCAAGCCCCUGCCAUAAUGGUGGUACCUGUGUAGUCAGUGGGGAUUCCUUUACUUGUGUCUGCAAAGAAGGCUGGGAAGGACCAACUUGCACUCAGAAUACAAAUGAUUGCAGUCCUCAUCCUUGUUAUAAUAGUGGGACUUGUGUGGAUGGAGAUAACUGGUACCGCUGUGAAUGUGCUCCAGGCUUUGCAGGCCCAGACUGUCGGAUAAAUAUCAAUGAAUGCCAGUCUUCACCCUGUGCUUUUGGAGCUACAUGCAUUGAUGAAAUUAACGGCUACCGCUGCAUCUGUCCACCUGGUCGUAGUGGCCCAAGAUGCCAAGAAGUUACAGGAAGGCCUUGUAUUACCAACGGGCGUGUGACAGCAGACGGUACUAAAUGGGACGACAACUGUAAUACCUGUCAGUGUUUGAAUGGAAAGGUCACGUGCUCUAAGGUUUGGUGUGGGCCUACACCUUGUCUAAUCCAUGCUAAAGGUCAUGAGUGCCCAGCUGGACACACCUGUAAUCCUAUUAAGGAUGACCACUGCUUUACACAUCCCUGUGCUGCAAUGGGUGAAUGCUGGCUUUCAAAUCAGCCACCAGUGAAGUCCAAAUGUAAUUCAGACUCUUAUUACCAGGACAACUGUGCCAACAUUACAUUUACCUUCAAUAAAGAGAUGAUGUUGCCGGGUCUUACCACUGAGCAUAUUUGCAGUGAACUGAGAAAGCUUAACAUUUUGAAGAAUGUUUCUGUUGAAUAUUCCAUCUACAUCACCUGUGAGCCUUCACGCUUGGCAAACAAUGAAAUACACGUUGCGAUAUCAGCUGAAGAUAUUCGGGAGAAUGAAAACCCAAUCAAGGAAAUCACUGAUAAAAUUAUCGACCUUGUCAGUAAACGUGAUGGAAACAACACGCUAAUUGCUGCAGUUGCAGAAGUCAGAGUACAAAGGCGACCAACUAAAAACAAGACGGAUUUCUUGGUGCCAUUGCUGAGCUCCGUCUUAACAGUAGCCUGGAUCUGUUGCUUGGUAACAGCCUUUUAUUGGUGCAUUCGAAAACGCAGAAAGCAGAGCAGCCACACUCACACGGCAUCAGAUGACAACACCACAAACAACGUGAGGGAGCAGCUGAAUCAGAUAAAAAACCCCAUUGAGAAACACGGAGCCAAUGCUGUCCCUAUCAAAGACUACGAAAACAAAAACUCUAAAAUUGCCAAAAUAAGGACACACAAUUCAGAGGUAGAGGAAGACGACAUGGACAAGCAUCAACAGAAGGCCCGAUUUGCCAAACAGCCAGCAUACACACUGGUAGACAGAGAUGAAAAGCCACCCAACAGUACGCCUACGAAACACCCAAACUGGACAAAUAAACAAGACAACAGAGACUUGGAAAGUGCACAAAGUUUAAAUCGAAUGGAAUACAUUGUAUAGCAGUCGGUGAGGUGCUGCCAUGCAGGGCCUUUGAAUAUCAUUAUAAAGGCACUCUGAGCUUUUAGUUCUUUAAACUGUUGUGUAAUAUUUGAGUCUAAGGCUAUUAUUUACUUAGAAUCCCUGUGUUAAUUUAAGUUUUGACAAGCUGGCUUACACUGGCAAUGAUAGUUGCUGUGGUUGGCUGGGAAUACCAAGUGCUGCAUUUCACAUCUAUGCAAAACUAGUCAAAAGUGCCCUAAUGGUAAAUUCAGCUGUAGCUGAUACAUCACGGAAAUGUUUCAUAAGGUAUUGCAUAGCCUUAUUAGCUCUUCUUUAGCAUUUACCUUUUUUUUUGGUCAGAUGUCCCAAUUUAUACAGUUUCGUAGAAUAAUACAUUUUAUUUAUAUUUAUUGACGCUGAGUUUUUUGUAUAUUGGUUUUAUGGUGACGUACAACUAGUUCUGUAUUUGAAAGUGCCUUUGCAGCUCAGAACCACAGCAACUAUCAAGAAAGUUUAUUAUUUAUUUUUUUUAUUGUAUUUUUGUUGGGGGUGGGAGGGGGGGAACUCAAUGUCAGCAGUUGCUGGUAAAUGAAGAAUUUAAAGAGGAAAAUGUGUCAAAAAUAGAAGUUUGUAUAGAUAUGUAAAUAAUUCUUUUUUUAUUAAUCGCUGUGUAUAUUUGAUUUAUUAACUUAAUAAUCAAGAGCCUUAAAUAUCAUUCCUUUUUAUUUAUAUGUAUGUGUUUAGAGUUGAAGGUUUUUGAUAGCGUUGUAAGCUUGUGGCUUCUUUAUUUUGAAUUUAUUUUCUUGUUACAUGUUGCCUAUAUGCCAAAAUUAAGGUGUUCUAAAAAUAGUUUAUUUUUAACAAUAGGACGGGCUCUCAUGCCUUGAUGCUGGUUUUUGUACAAAUGUCAAACGUUUGAAACACCUUCCAUAGUAUCACUUUAAGACUAUUUGUAAGUACUGACUGAGGCAGUUUUAGAUAAUUAGACUAGAACUUUUUUUUUUUGUUUUUUUUUUGUUUUUUUUUGUUUUUGCUGCUUUAGACUUGAAAGAGUGACAGGCAGAUAAUCUGCUACAAAGCAGUUUAAGGGAACAAAACGGAGCUAUGACUUUAUGUAGAUGAAACGUGAGUGGUUGCAUGUAAUUAAGAUAUCAAAUUAGCGUGUGAAGUUGGAAGCACAGAAAUCUUAUUUUGUAAAUUCUGAUUUUUUUUUUUUUCACCAUGAAUAUGUAAUACUGAACCACUUGUAGAUUUGAUUUUUUUUUUUGUAAUCUACUGCAUUUAGGGAGUAUUCUAAUAAGCUAGUUGUUGAAUACUUGAACAGUAGAAUGUCCAGUAAGAUCACUGUGUAGAUUUGCCAUAGAUUACAC